AUGGCUUACAAAAGACUCGUCGUGAAUUUUCCGAUGCUUAGCCCAGUGCUGAUCGCUUUAUUAGCAUGUAUCAAUGCUGCAGACAUCAGCUACACAAUUCCGGAGGAGAUAAAGAGUGGAUAUGUGAUUGGAAAUGUUGGCAAAGAUCUUGGAAUAAAUGCAAAAACAUUAUCAGCCCGUAAAGCGCGUCUAAAUGUGGAUGACACGAGCAAAGGUUACUGUACCAUUAAUCUAAAAACCGGAGAUCUGAUCGUCUCAGAAAGAAUAGACAGAGAAGAACUUUGUGGACCACGCACAGUUUGUUCUCUUGUAUAUGAAAUGGUUCUCGAAAAUCCGCUAGAAUUACAUCGUGUGGUUGUUCAGAUCCAGGAUAUUAAUGACAAUUCACCCAUGUUUUCGAGUGACACUAUAAAGUUUGAAUUAAGGGAGUCGGCAGAUAAAGGUGCUCGUUUUGCUAUCAAUGGCGCGCAUGAUGCAGACGUCGGACAAAAUGGGGUUCAAAGUUAUUCAUUAGAAGAAAAUGACCAUUUUAGUUUUGUCGUCAACACUAAACCAGGAGGCGGGAAAUAUGGAGAAUUGGUGUUAGAAAAAGAGCUGGACCGUGAACAACAACAGGACAUUAAAUUAUUACUCACCGCCACUGAUGGUGGGAUUCCACAGAGAUCGGGUACUGUAGUUAUACACGUCACUGUGCUUGAUGCUAAUGAUAAUGUACCCAUCUUCAGUCAAUCUGUUUAUAAGGUCUCUUUGCCUGAAAACGCCUCUGUAGGUACUCUAGUGGUCACCGUCAGCGCAACGGAUGCUGACGAAGGAGCAAAUGGUGAGGUGACUUAUGAGUUUGGACAUACUUUAGACGAACUGAAUGAACUGUUCAAGCUCGAUCACAGAACAGGAGCUAUUACAUUAGGCGGACAGAUUGAUUUUGAAAAGGAGACUUCGUAUGAAUUAAGCAUCCAAGGCAAAGACGGCUCCGGAUUAGUGUCCUUUGCCAAUGUUAUUGUUGAAAUUGUCGAUAUCAAUGACAACGCGCCUGUAAUUUUUCUUCAGUCGUUUCACAACCCAAUUCCUGAAAACGUGGUGCCAGGCACCGAGGUGGGCAUCAUUAAUGUUCAAGAUAAGGACUCAGGGCAAAAUCGGCAGGCCCGUUGUUCCAUUCAGGAAAAUGUUCCUUUCAAAUUAAACCCAUCGGUCAAAAAUUAUUACUCGAUUGUGACGACUAAACAACUCGACCGGGAAAAGCAAACGGAUUACAAUAUAACAAUCACUGCGACAGACGAGGGCUUUCCGCCAUUAUCUUCUUCCAAGACCGUUCGUUUAUUUGUGUCUGACGUAAAUGACAACCCACCUGCCUUUGAAAAACAAUUUUACAGUGCAUAUAUUUCCGAGAACAACAAACCUGGGAUUUCUGUGUGUUCUGUCUUAGCGAAAGAUCCAGACUGGAGACAGAACGGAACAAUGCUUUACUCUCUGCUACCCACUGAAGUCAGUGGUAUUCCGGUGUCUUCUUUUUUAUCCAUAAAUGCAGAAACCGGGGUCAUUCAGACUUUGAAGUCUUUUGACUAUGAGCAGUUCAGGAGCUUCAAAACUCAGGUUGUAGCUAGAGACAAUGGGUCUCCUCCACUCAGCAAUAACGUGACUGUGAGUGUCUUCAUAAUCGAUGAAAACGACAACUCUCCGCAGAUAUUAUAUCCCAUUCCAGAACGAAACUCCUUUAUGGCCGAAAUUGUUCCCAGAGCAUCUCUUUCGGGCUCCCUAGUCUCCAAGGUGAUCGCCGUGGAUGCUGACUCUGGACAGAAUGCUUGGCUCUUUUAUGAAAUUUUGAAAUCAACCGAUCCAGGACUUUUCAUUAUCGGGCCAUACAAUGGAGAGAUUAGAACGCAACGGGACAUUUUGGAGGCCGAUAGCAUGAGGCAUAAUCUUAUUGUAUCUGUCAAGGAUAACGGACGUCCGUCGCGCUCUUCAACCUGCACUGUUUAUCUGCUAAUUUCUGAUAAUUUGUCUGAGGUUCCAGAAUUAAAAGAUGUGACGAGUGAGCAAAACAUUUCCAACACGACCUCUUACUUGAUAAUUGCUCUGGUUUCUGUAUCAACUUUCUUCUUGACCUUCCUUGCUCUUGUUUCGGCUGUAACGUUUUGCCACAAGAAAAAGCGUGGACUGUUCGAAGGAGCCGUGGCUAUUCCAAGCUCGCAUUUACCUCCUAACUAUGCAGAGGUGGAAGGAGCAGGAACGCUCCGUAGUUCUUACAACUACGACACCUACUGGACGACAGGCUCACGUACAAGUGAUUUUAAAUUUGUCAGAGCUUACAGUGAGAACACCCUGCCUGUUAAUCACACGCUGACGAGGAGCCCAACUGAUAUUUUUGAAGUGAAUGUCAACAACAGCUCAGAAGAUUAUAAUACGUACAAACGACUGUCUUCAGCAAUGAUCUGCAUGACGACUGUCAUCUCCAUCAUCACUCUCGCUUAUGGGGAUUUGAGAUAUUCUAUUCCUGAAGAGAAGAAGCUCGGAUUUGUGAUUGGAAAUAUUGCUAAAGAUAUUGGAAUAUCUCAAACAGCAGUAUCAACGCGUAAAGCUCGUCUAAAUGUUGUGGGUAGUCGUAAAAGGUACUGUGAUAUUACAUCAGAGACUGGAGACCUGGUAGUAGCUGAGAGGAUGGACAGGGAGCAGCUUUGUGGACCGAGGAAGUCUUGUGCCCUUAAUUUCGAACUUGUUUUGGAAAAUCCUUUACAGUUGCAUCGUGUUCUUGUUCAAAUAGAGGAUAUUAAUGAUAACUCGCCGAUGUUUGCGACAGAUAUAAUUAAAUUUGAGAUUAGAGAGUCGGCUGAUAAAGGAGCUCGUUUCGCUGUCGGUGAAGCUCAUGAUGCUGAUAUCGGAGUAAACGAUGUUCAAAGUUAUUCAUUACAGACGAACGAACAUUUUAUAUUUGAAGUGGAUAAUUCCGGUAAGGGAAAGUACGGCGAGUUAGUGUUAGAAAAGGAGUUAGAUCGUGAACAGCAGCAUGAGGUUAAAUUAAUACUCACCGCUGUUGAUGGAGGCAUUCCACAGAGAUCGGGCACUGUAGUCAUACUCGUCACUGUGCUUGAUGCUAAUGACAAUGUUCCAGUUUUUAGCCAGGCUGUCUACAGAGCCAGUUUACCUGAAAAUCGUCCAGUUGGGACGGAAGUGGUUAGUGUAAGCGCCACUGAUGCAGAUGAAGGUGCAAACGGUCACGUGACGUAUGACUUUGUUCGAAUUUCCGAUGAAGUGGAUAAACUGUUUACCCUUGAUCAAAAAACUGGAACUAUAGUAUUAAGUGGUCCUCUUGAUUUUGAAGAGGAAGUGUCGUAUGAAUUGACAGUUCAAGCAAAAGACGGGUCAGGGCUUGUUUCAUUUUCUAGUGUUGUAGUCGAAGUCAUCGACGUUAACGACAAUGCUCCUCAAAUACUCAUUCAGUCAGACACUCACUACAUCUCUGAAAAUGCUGCACCUGGUACAGAGGUGGGAAUAGUUAAUUUGCAAGAUAAAGACUCGGGUGGAGCCGGUCCUGUCCAUUGCUCCAUUCAGUCCAACGUUCCUUUCAAGUUGAAGCCGUCAAUUAAAAAUUAUUAUUCUCUUGUAACUACAGCUGAACUUGAUCGUGAACACGUGGCGGAUUAUAACAUAACGAUCACUGCAACUGAUGAGGGCACACCACCAUUAUCUUCGACCAAGACAAUUCACUUAAUGUUGUCAGACGUUAAUGACAAUCCACCUAAAUUUGAGGAGCAGUUAUACAGCGUAUAUGUACCUGAGAAUAACAAAGUAGGAGUAUCCAUUUGUUCCGUCAAAGCACGAGACCCAGACUUUAGACAAAAUGGCACAGUGUUCUACUCUCUGGUGCCACUUGAGGUCCACAGUUUACAAGUGUCUUCUAUUCUAUCCAUUAGCAGAGACACAGGUGUUAUUCAGGCUAUGACAUCGUUUGACUACGAGAAGUUUACAAGCUUUACAUUUCAAGUCGAAGCAAAAGACAGUGGUUCCCCUCCACUCAGUAGUAACGUGACUGUACGUGUCUUCAUCACCGACGAAAAUGACAACUCUCCUCAGAUACUGUACCCAGCCCAAGAGGGAAUUCCUUUCAUGGCUGAGAUGAUCCCUAAAGGCGCGCUCUCCGGUUCUCUGGUCUCCAAGGUGAUCGCUGUGGAUGCUGACUCUGGACAGAAUGCUUGGCUCUCAUAUGAAAUUUUGAAGUCGACGGAUUCAGGACUUUUCACCAUAGGCCGUUACAGCGGAGAGAUUAGGUCAAAGCGAGACAUUUCUGAUUCCGAUAAUAUGAAGCAAACCAUUCUUGUCGCAGUUAAAGAUAAUGGACAGCCAAUCUUGUCUUCGACUUGCACGGUACAUCUGUUCAUUUCGGAUAACUUAUCUGAAGUGCCAGAACUGAAAGACAUGGCAUAUGAGGAAACCACUUCAAAACUAACGUUUUAUUUGGUCAUUGCUCUGAUCACCGUUUCCACUUUCUUCAUGACUUUUAUUAUUCUUAUUGUGACUUUUAAGCUUUGCCAUAGGAGAAAACCUCCAAUGCUGCUUGACGGAGCACUCACUAUUCCCAGUGCAUACUGCCCACCCAACUAUGCAGAAGUGGACGGAGCUGGAACACUGCGAAGUUCUUACAAUUUUGACACUUAUUUGACAACUGGCUCACGUACUAGUGACUUUAGAUUCAUCAAAUCGUACAACGAGAAUACAUUACUUGCUGACCAUGCAUUGAAGGCUAACCAACAUGAUUCUGUUGAGGAAGUUAUGUUCGCUCUUAAUACAGGAGGUGUAAAUGAGAGUGUCGCUAUUUACCUGCCUUGCGAACUGAUCUCGUCACCCCACCCACUGCAGGGCUACAUGGAAGAUAGAUGA